AUGACGAUGGUUUUUGCUGUUGAUGAGAUCAACAGUAACUCCAAUCUGCUACCCAAUUUGACUCUGGGAUACAGUCUUUAUGAUAACUGCGGUGCACUUGUUAUUGGAUUUCGUGCUGCUUUGGCACUUGCCAGUGGUCAAGAAGAGCAGUUUCUGCUUCAGGAGAACUGUUUUGGGACCCCUCCAGUCCUCGGGAUUGUGCGUGCUAUGAUUCAGAUUUUAAAACACUUUGGCUGGACUUGGGUUGGCCUUCUGGUCAGUGAUGAUGACUAUGGACUCCAUGUGGCUCGAUCCUUCCAAUCUGACCUAGUUCAGUUUGGUGUAGGUUGUUUGGCCUACGCAGAGGUUUUGCCCUGGGGCAGUGACCCAGCAGAACUUAGGAGGAUUGUGGAUGUGAUGAAGAAAUCAACAGCUCGUGUGGUCAUGGUGUUUGCACAUGAGAUCCACAUUUAUAAACUCAUGGAGGAGGUUGGGUUCAAAGUAAAUCAGUUUUGGGAAGACAUAUUUCCGUGUAAAUUUGCACCACCUCCAGCCGGUUGGCUGGAGGCUGGGGGAGCACUAUGCACUGGACAGGAGGUUCUACAUAAUGUGGAGAGUGAGUUGUUUGAUGUUUCAAACCUGAGGCCAGAGUACAAUGUUUACAAGGCUGUCUAUGCCCUGGCGUAUGCCCUCGAUGACAUGCUGCGCUGUGUGCCAGGGAGAGGGCCUUUCAGCGGACACAGCUGUGCUACUUUGCAAAGACUGGAGCCAUGGCAGCCACCCUGGUCAGUGUGCAGCGAGAGCUGUCCUCCAGGUACCCGCAUGGCCAGAAAGAAGGGGGAACCCGAGUGCUGUUUUGACUGCAUCCCUUGUUCUGAGGGAAAAAUCAGCAACAAAACAGACUCCAUGGAGUGCACCAGUUGUCCGGAGGAUUUCUGGUCCAGCCCCCAGCCCUCUGGGUAUCUGCUUGACAACCGCCUCAUUGCUGGGCACAUUUAUCUGUGCUGUUGUCCUGGUAAUAUUCAUCUAUCAUCGCAGUACACCCAUGAGUCUUCCUCUCUCCUCUCAUCUUGUAAAUUAAGAAGGCAGUUUCAUCAUAAUGGGAUGCACAAGCCUGGUGAUGUUAUUCUGGGUGGGCUGUUUGAGAUCCACUACACCUCUGUCUUCCCUGAGCUGACAUUCACCUCAGAACCAAAUCAGCUCAACUGCCAAGGCUUUGACCCUCCAGGGUUCAGGCAUGCCAUGACCAUGGCCUUUGCUAUUGAUGAGAUUAACAAAAACUCCAACCUGCUACCUAAUGUGACUCUGGGAUACAGUCUUUAUGACAACUGUGCUACACUUGUAAUUGGAUUAAGUGCUGCAUUGUCAUUAGCCAGUGGUCAAGAAGAGCAGUUUCUGCCUCAGGAGAAGUGUUUGGGGACCCCACCAGUCCUGGGAAUUGUGGGUGAUUCCUUCUCAACAUUUUCUAUCGCCACCUCUGAUGUGAUAGGUUUAUUCAAAUUGCCCAUUGUGAGUUACUUUGCUACAUGUUCCUGCCUUAGUGAUAGGCGAAGGUUUCCAUCUUUCUUCAGAACAAUCCCAAGUGAUGCUUUCCAGGUGCGUGCUAUGAUUCAGAUUCUAAAACGCUUUGGCUGGACUUGGACAGGUCUGCUGGUCAGUGAUGAUGACUACGGACGUUAUGUUGCCCGAUCCUUUCAAUCUGACCUGGCUCAGUCUGGAGGAGGUUGUCUGGCCUACUUAGAGAUAUUGCCCUGGGGUGACAACCCAGCUGAACUAAGGAGGAUUGUGGAAGUGAUGAAGAAAUCCACAGCUCGAGUGGUCAUUGUGUUUGCACAUCAGAUCCACAUGAUUCAACUCAUGGAAGAGGUGGUGAGGCAGAAUGUGACAGGCCUGCAGUGGAUGGCCAGUGAAGCCUGGACAUCAGCUGCUGUGCUGCAGACCCCCCAUCUCAUGCCAUACCUGGGUGGCACUCUGGGUAUUGCCAUCCGCCGCGGAGAAAUACCAGGGUUAAGAGAGUUUCUGUUAAGAAUACUGCCUGACCUACAUGACGAAAUUCAUGAAAAUAGCAUGGUGAGGCAGUUUUGGGAAUACACAUUUGAGUGUAGAUUUUCACCACCUCCACUAGGUUGGGUGGAGGCCGGGGGAGGACUAUGCACUGGACUGGAAGAUCUAGAGAAUGUGGAGACUGAGUUUUUGGAUGUUUCUAAUCUCAGGCCUGAGUACAAUAUUUACAAGGCUGUGUAUGCGCUGGCGUAUGCCCUCGAUGACAUGCUGCGCUGUGUGCCAGAGAGAGGGCCUUUCAGCGGGCACAGCUGUGCUACUUUGCAAAGACUGGAGCCAUGGCAGCUAAUGUAUUACUUGGAAAAGGUUAACUUCACCACACCAUUUGGGGAUCAAGUGUCAUUUGAUGAGAAUGGUGAUGCCUUACCAAUAUAUGAUAUCAUGAACUGGCUCUGGCUCCCUGAUGGAAUAACUAAAGUUCAGAGUGUGGGGAUUGUUAAAAAGUCAGCCACCAAAGGUGAAGAACUCACACUUGAUGAAAACAAAAUCUUCUGGAACUUUGACUCCAAACAGUCACCACAGUCGGUGUGCAGUGAGAGCUGUCCGCCAGGUACCCGCAUGGCCAGAAAAAAAGGGCAGCCUGUAUGCUGUUUUGACUGUGUCCCUUGCUCUGAUGGAAAGUUCAGCAAUGAAACUGAUUCUAUGGAGUGCACCAGUUGUCCAGAGGACUUCUGGUCCAAUGCCCAGCGUGACCACUGUGUUCCUAAGAUAACAGAGUUCCUCUCCUACCAUGAGCCUCUGGGUAUCUGCUUGACCACCGCCUCAUUGAUAGGCACAUUUAUCUGUGCUGUUGUCCUGGGCAUCUUCAUCUAUCAUCGCAGUACACCCAUGGUACGCGCCAACAAUUCAGAACUAAGUUUCCUGCUUUUGGUGUCACUUAAACUAUGUUUCCUGUGUUCACUGCUGUUUAUCGGCCGUCCCAGGCUGUGGACAUGCCAACUGAGACAUGCAGCAUUUGGGAUCAGCUUUGUACUUUGUGUCUCAUGCAUCCUGGUUAAAACCAUGGUGGUUCUGGCAGUGUUCAAGGCCUCCCAGCCAGGAGGAGCAGCCAGUCUGAAGUGGUUUGGUGUUUUGCAGCAGAGAGGGACAGUUCUGUUUCUUACUUCUAUUCAGGCAGCAAUCUGCACUGCCUGGCUUGUCUCUUCCUCACCAGCUCCUCAUAAAAACACUCAAUACCACAAUGAUAAGAUAGUGUAUGAAUGUGUAGUUGGGUCCACAGUGGGGUUUGCAGUGUUACUGGGUUACAUUGGCUUACUGGCUAUCCUUAGCUUCCUAUUAGCAUUUCUGGCGAGGAAUCUUCCAGACAACUUCAAUGAGGCCAAGCUGAUCACUUUCAGCAUGUUGAUCUUCUGCGCUGUUUGGGUUGCCUUUGUUCCUGCUUAUGUCAACUCUCCAGGUAAAUAUGCAGAUGCAGUUGAGGUAUUUGCCAUCCUGGCCUCCAGUUUUGGCCUCUUGGUGGCACUGUUUGGACCCAAAUGUUACAUAAUCCUGUUGAGACCUGAGAUGAACACAAAGAAAGCCAUAAUGGGUCGAGGCACCACCAAGACAUAA